GUGAUGAUGCAAGAGACUUGUAAACGUGAAAGGCACAUAGAGAGAUGAGUCUGGUUUUGUUUGAAUUAAAAAAAAUCAUCACGAGAAACCCAAAUGCCACCUUCAAACCAAAAUAAUUUUUUCUUGGAAAACGCCCUAACUCCUCUUCACCCUUCGUCCGAUACCAAUUCCCUCUUAAAAUCCUCCUACUUUCAAGCUCUCCAAACCAAACUGAAACGCUUUACCACAAAGACUUCCAUUAUUUAAUGUUUUACUUAAUUUGUAGAGCACAACUCUUUAAUCUUUAUAUCUCUACCCUUGGAUACUUUUCUUCUUCAUGUCAUCAAUCGACUAUCUCUUUCUUUAAAUCAAUUCCUCUGCCAUUAAUAGUAAUACACUAAUACUAGUCAAGAACCCACAUGCACCACCGCUUCUGCUAUUAAGCAGACUAUUUUGACUCUCUCUAUUUCAUUGAGUCGGUCAUCAGACAUGAAGAACGAAGACCAGGCAAGGUCUCUGUUUGGCAUCUCCCUCUCUGAUCGACCCAAGUGGCACCAAUUCCUUAUUUGUUCUUCUGGCUUCUUCUUUGGCUAUCUCGUUAAUGGCGUUUGUGAGGAAUAUGUGUAUAAUCGGCUUCAAUUCAGCUAUGGUUGGUACUUCACUUUUGUACAAGGAUUUGUAUACUUGGUACUCAUAUACUUGCAAGGUUUCACCACCAAGCAAAUGGUGAAUCCGUGGAAAACAUAUGUAAAGCUCUCUGCCGUGUUAAUGGGUUCUCAUGGAUUAACAAAAGGCUCCUUGGCCUUCCUCAACUAUCCAGCUCAAAUCAUGUUCAAAUCCACAAAGGUACUUCCAGUAAUGAUAAUGGGUGCCUUUAUUCCUGGAUUGAGAAGGAAAUACCCACUUCAUGAAUACAUCUCUGCUCUGCUUCUAGUUGUUGGUCUGAUCCUUUUCACCUUGGCGGACGCCCAAACUUCUCCAAAUUUUAGUAUGGUUGGUGUCGUAAUGAUUUCGGGUGCUUUAGUUAUGGAUUCCUUUCUGGGUAAUUUCCAAGAAGCAAUUUUUACCAUGAAUCCUGACACAACACAGAUGGAGAUGCUGUUCUGCUCAACAGUAGUUGGGUUGCCUUUCUUACUUGCACCAAUGAUUCUGACGGGAGAGCUCUUUAGGGCCUGGAAUUCAUGUUCACAACAUCCGUAUGUGUAUGGGGUAUUAGUAUUCGAAGCCAUGGCCACAUUUGUGGGGCAAGUCUCUGUUUUAUCUCUCAUUGCCAUUUUUGGAGCUGCUACCACUGCCAUGAUAACAACAGCUAGAAAGGCAGUAACUCUGUUGCUUUCAUACUUGAUAUUUACAAAGCCGUUAACUGAACAACAUGGGACUGGGCUGCUGCUCAUUGCUAUGGGGAUCAUAUUGAAGAUGUUGCCGGAAAAUAAAGCCCCCUCUAGGACUCUGAAUUCAUAUACCGUUGCCAAAAACAGGAAAUCCUCACUACAGGUAGAGAAAAUGUCAGCAGAAAAUGAAGAGGAUGACGAGAAAAGACCCUUUGUGUAAAUUUUAGGAAGCUCUAUCUGCCCUGUUGUUGCCUUUUCUUUUUUUUUUUCUCGAUUAAUAUCUUUGCUUUUCUAGUUAUAGAGAAGAAGAGAGAAAAUAAUAGCUAAAUGUGAUGUAAAGUUCUCCAUUGAAAAUGAUAAAGCAUUCUUUUCUUUCAA